AUGAAUGGAGAUGUGUCAGACGCCGAUCUUUCUGACGAUGAAGUCGCCGAUGUACAGGCAGCUCAAGCGGUAACUGCAUCGAAUGAGGAGCAUGACCCUAAAAUGCAUCCUGCAGACGACGAGGGUGAUCUCAGUGACAGUGAUGAGAUGCCUGCGAAAAAAGUGAAGCAUGUCAAGUGGCUCUCCAAACCUUUCGAUCCAGUGGACACGCGCUGCACCUACCACCCGCUUGGCGGAUCAACGCCAGAAGAACCGCUAAAGUAUUUCAUGAAGUAUUUCACCGAUGAAGUGUUCGAGGACUUCACGAACACCGAUGGUCUGGCGCAUGAUUUUGAACUCUAUCAGGGCAAAGGCACAGGAGUAGACCGGGAGUUCUCCUACCUUGGUCUAGGGGGCUGUGUGGUAAUGAGACUUGUGGAGUCAUUCCCACAGCACCGCAACCUGAAAUUGUUCUUUGACAAUUACUUCACGUCCGUGCUGCUUCUGAGGGAGCUAAAAGGUAUUGGAAUCCUUGCCACGGGUACGAUCAGGUGCAACAGGCUGCUGGGUUGUAAGCUGAAGGGCGAAAAAGAAAUGCGAAAGGAGGAGCGUGGGAGCACCGAUGUCAAGGUGACAGAGGAAGGAGACGUUGCCCUUGUGCGAUGGAAGCACAACAAUCUGGUCACGGUGGCCUCAACACAGGUUUCCACUGGUGAAGCUAGGGCUAACCUGGGCAACGGCCCCGUUUUCUUCCGCUCUGCCUCUUGCUAG